AUGGUCAACCUCGAAAUUCCGUCUGAAUAUACAUUCUCGCCUUCUGAAGGAACCCCUCAUCUUACGAUUAAUCGUGAGGCUACUAUUGAUCUCGAUAGCAGCACGGCUUUUGAAGGUCCCGAGAAGCUAUUGGAAGUAUGGUUUGCAGCAGCACCGGAUGUCCUCCCCCCAGGAGCUAAGAAGAAUGGAUUGAAGGCUGUACCUGCUGAAACAUGGAAGGAGAUGCUGGAUCUUGUCAACUGCAAAGUUCUGUCAAUCGUUGAGUCCGAACAUGUCGACGCCUAUCUCCUUUCCGAGUCGAGCAUGUUUGUGUUCCCGCACAAACUUAUCCUAAAGACGUGCGGCACGACUACUCUCCUACUUGGACUUCGACGCAUGUUGAGAAUUGCAGCCGUCGAUGCUGGUUUCCCAGCACAUAACAGUAGCUCUCUUGAUAAGGUCAAUACUGCGGCCACGCCUUACCGAGUGUUCUAUAGUCGCAAGAACUUUUUGUUCCCCGAUAAGCAACAUGGUCCGCAUCGUAGUUGGAAGGAGGAAGUCAAGUUCUUGGACAACAUGUUCACCGGCGGAAGUGCUUACAUGGUUGGGAAGAUGAAUGGUGACCACUGGUACCUCUAUUUGACUACUCCCAACUCUGAUCUUACCCCGCCACAAACUCCAGACAGCGAACGAGAGCCUACGGAAACCAAGAUCUUGAAAAUUCCGGCUAGCGAGGCUUUCGCUGUGGGACAAGGUAGUUUGAGCAAUGACGACGAAACUCUCGAGGUCCUGAUGACUGAUCUAGAAGUCAAUAACGCAAAGCAGUUCUACCUUGACCACGCGAGUGCGGUCGCGGAGGGCAAGUACGCUGCUAGAGCGAUUGAAGCACGAAAGGAAGCCCAUAACAGUUUGGGCGAUUUGAGCAGCAAUGAUAUGACAGCUUCACAUCUGAGCGGAACCACUGUAGCAAGCACUGAUGAUACUUUCGAUGUCUUCAGCAACACCUCCUCUGACAAUGGAGCCAUCACUCCUGAUGACGAUGUCGGUUUUCCAGAGGAGCUUUCUACCGAGGGGCAUGCUUUGGGAACGGUAGUCUCCGAAGCUUGUGGUUUGUCGGACGUUUACCCAUCCUCCCGCUAUCCGGACGCUCGCGUUGACGCCUACCUUUUCACUCCCUGUGGAUUCUCUGCAAAUGGUGUCAUUCCAGCUCCGGAUCAGGCAGGCGCUGCAACCCAUUACUUCACCGUCCACGUCACUCCUGAGCCCCAAUGCUCGUACGCCUCUUUCGAGACCAACGUUCCUGGCCGCCAAUCCGGACGCGAGACUGUCGAGGUCAUUGAACACGUCGUGAACAUUUUCAAACCCGGUCGCUUCAGUGUCACCCUCUUUGAAGCAAAGGCCAAUUCGUGCGAGGUACGCGAAUUGGGUCUCGGCCAGGAUGCUGCGAAGCCUAUUGACCACGGCAAGAUUCGAAGCGCCAAGAUGGAUAAGAUCAAGGGCUAUCGUCGCGUUGACCGGAUCGUACAUGAUUUCGAUGGGUAUGAUCUUGUCUUCCGCUACUACGAACGUGAUGAUUGGGCUGCUGGUGGUGCUCCUAGAUUGGGUGAGGUUGAUACUUGA